AUGUGGGAAGUGCGCUCAUAUUCAAGUAAACUCUUAUUGACUUGGCAGAAAUGUCCUGAGAAUGACAUAAGAACUUGCUGUCUUUCGGAAAUAAAACAGACUGAAGAGAAAUACACCGAAACCCUGGAAUCAAUCGAAAAGUUUUUUAUGGUGCCAUUGAAAAGAUUUCUGACGCCAUCAGAAUUUGAAACGGUAUUCAUCAACAUUCCUGAUUUGGUGAAAAUACACAGAACUUUAACACAAGAUAUUCAUGAAUCCAUUGUAAGCAAAAGUGACCAGAAUUUGUAUAAAAUUUUUAUUAGCUACAAGGAAAGGAAUGUUCCAAAAGAGCUAAUAAUGGGAAAUUUACUCUGCGGGAUCUCCUAGUAGUACCAAUGCAACGAGUUCUGAAGUAUCAUCUGCUACUUCAG